CUGGCAAGUCCGCGGGGGGCUGGGGGGUGAGGGCUGGCCUGUAUAUAUAGCCGCGUCUCCGGUAGUGGCGGCAGUUGGCUGGACGGCAGAGGUUCAGAAGGUGCCGCAUACAGUUCUCGUCUCAUCAGCUUUCUACCUGCUUUGAAGAUGCGACACCUGGCAGUCCUUGCCGCCCUCCUGGCCGUGGCCGCCGCUGGACCAAGGGAGCGCCGCCAGGCCAAUGGUGACUACCAAGUCUGCCGCGCCGGUGCCGGCGUGUGCGUGCCUUACUACCUGUGUAGCGAUGACACGGUGAUCACUGACGGCACUGGCAUCAUCGACAUCAGAACUGGAUCCGAGUGUGCCAACUUCCUGGACGUCUGCUGCACCAACCCAACAGGCCCCGUCACGCCCACGCCGAUCCCGCCCUUCGUCUCCACUUGCGGCACAAGGAACUACAAUGGCAUCGAUGUCAGGAUCCAAGGAUUCGAGGGCAACGAGACCCAGGUGGCUGAAUUCCCAUGGAUGACCGCCGUGCUGAAGAAGGAGGUCGUGUCGAGCGAGGAGAUCAACCUGUACUUGUGCGGCGGCUCGCUCAUCCAUCCGUCCAUCGUCCUGACGGCGGCUCACUGCGUCCACAACCACGCCGCCGGUGACCUUCGCGUCCGUCUGGGCGAGUGGGACACUCAGAACGAGUACGAGCCAUACAAACACCAGGACCGCGAUAUUGCCAGCGUUGUCAUCCACCCUGGCUUCAACCCCGGCAACCUGCACAACGACUACGCCCUGCUGUACCUCCAGACUCCCGCUGAGCUCAGCAGGAACGUGGACGUCAUCUGUCUGGACAAUGACCUCACCAUCCUCAACCCCCAACACGACUGCCUUGUCACUGGCUGGGGCAAGGACAGGUUCGGCAAGAAGGGAGUCUUCCAAAAUGUGCUGAAGAAGAUCGAACUCCCUUACGUUCUUCCUGGCCAGUGUCAGGAUGCGCUGCGCACCACCAGGCUCUCCAAGUUAUUUAUUCUGGACCCGUCCUUCCUCUGUGCUGGCGGAGAGGCUGGUAAGGACUCCUGCAGCGGCGACGGAGGUUCUCCUCUGGUGUGCCUGGACAGGACCAAGACCCAGUACGUGCAGGUUGGCAUUGUGGCGUGGGGCAUUGGCUGCGGCACCUCCAACAUCCCCGGCGUGUACGCUAACGUGUUAUACGGGUACAACUGGAUCGUCAAUGAGGCUGACAAGCUGCUUGCCGGCCCCGUGGUGGACUACUGGAAUUACCAGUGAUCUGGGCAGGCGUCUCCACGGCCACACGCUUGUUCCUUCUCAAAUCAAAUGUAAUAUAAAUUAUAAACUGCGAUAAUUAAAUUAAAUAAGAGACUUGUAA